AUGGCGGGACCCACAUCGUUGAAGGUAGCAAAAGCCCUUCUGACAAGAUACUGUAACAACCUACAGCGCCUGACUGAGGAAAGUGAAAAGGCGCUGAAAACGGAGGAACUCAAAGUUUGGAACAUGCAGCAAUCACAGGAGGUCCAAAGAAAGGUAAUGGAGCUAGAGGCAAACAUCAAUCUUGUAUCGCAAAGCCUGGAAAAAUUUGCCAACGUUGUUGACACCGUAAUGGAGUCAGUUACAGAAGAACAGGAACAACAAGUUCAGGAAUACAUUGACAAGGCGCAAACAACUAUCGAUCAAGCCCAGAAAUUAACGAUACAGCUGGAGUCUGCAAGGAUAAGCGCACGUGAUCACGCAGGAGACCCCACGCGCCCGACAAGUUCGUCUUUGAGGGCACAUGGAGAAGCACCCACGUCUCAGUUACCUCCUAUUCCAGUGCCAACGUUUACGGGAGAGCUAUGGGACUUCGAAAAUUUUUGGAGACUAUUCGAAGCAAACGUCGAUCACCAACCACUCACCAAGCUACAAAAGUUCAACUACCUGAUAAACGCUCUAAGGGGUGAAGCACGAGAACUAGUAAACCGCUUUACGGUCACGGAGGACAAUUAUGAGGAAGCAAUCGCGAUGUUACGCCGAAAAUAUGGGGAUAAAUCUCGCCUUGUUGCGAAGCUCCAACAGCGUCUGGAAGAAACGUACGCAGCUAAUACUAGUACGACAGCACAACGACGUCUGUUAGAAACAAUCAUUCCACUGAUUUCGCAGUUAGAAGCUCACAAACGCAAGAUCCUACAGCAGUACAUCACUCCAGAGAUGCAAGAAAAAAAUUGGCACAUAAAAGAUAUCAUCACGGCGUUGGACGACUGCAUAUCAACGGAAGAGCGAAUCAGUGAGAUGAUGACAUACACGACAAACGCAACGAACACUUAUACAAGAAGGACAAGAACGAUACCUUAUAGAGAGGACACAAUACAAAGACGCAAUGACGGCUAUUAUGUGAGGCUACCAUUCAAAGAAGAUCAUCCUUAUCUUCCAAACAAUAGAGCCAUAGCGAAAAAACGGCUCAACAGCGUUCUGCUCAUGCUGAAAUCGAAACCAGAUUUACUCCAAGCAUACGAUCAAGCCCUGAAAGAUCAGCUAGAGAAGGGGAUAAUCCAGGAGAUUCCGGGAGAUGAAGCAGCUGUCGGAAAACAUUUGCAUUAUAUCCCUCACCAACCCGUGAUCAUGCCGCACAAGGAGAUAACAAAACUUCGCAUAGUUUUCGAUGCCUCAUCUCAUUUUAAGGACUGUCCAUCACUGAAUGACGUACUUUACCAAGGUCCACUCAUUCUUCCCGAUCUGUAUGCGAUGUUACUCCGCUUCAGAAUGGCAUCGUUUGCAGCCACAGCGGACGUGGAGAAGGCAUUCUUGCAAGUUCAUCUUCAUGAACUUGAUCGCGAUGCUACAAGAUUUUUAUGGGUCCGCCACAUUAACUCACCUGCAGAAGAGGACAACAUUGUCACCUACAGGUUCACAAGAGUGAUAUUUGGAUUGAAUGUAUCGCCCUUCCUACUGGCCGGAACGAUACAGUACCACUUAGAGCACUCCGUCAUCGAUCGACCACUUGCAAAGGAAAUUCGAGAAAACCUGAUAACUAUGACCACAAUCGCACUACCACCGACGCCUACGCUCGGAGACAUGUUCAUUACAGACGGAGAAGAAACCUCCAUUUGGCAAGAACCAUUUGAGACCGACCUAUUCUGCAGCACCUGGCAGAAAGCAAACUCUUCCGAUUGUAUUCUGCGCGACAGCUGUCAGUGGCCGGCGGAGUCGUGGGUAAACUGUCAAUGUCUUUCGAAGGAUUUAACCCAGGAAUUCAAUCGCGUUGACUUGAAACUACCAGUGCAGCGGUCAUCGGGAGAGCUUAGGAUAUUCGAAGGAAUCUUGACAGCGAAGAUACCGCAAAUGGUGUCAGCUGAGUUUAUAUUAGCCACCGAGCAAACAGUGAGCACAGAACAAGUGAAGGUUUUAGUGAAACAAGGUAGCUGCACAAUACCCGACAGCGAGAUAACGGGCUGUUAUAACUGCGUAAAAGGAGCAGAAGCAAAGAUCCAGUGCUCUUCGUCGCGUGAGACACUUGCGGAAGUGCUUUGCGAACAAGACGCAUUUGUCGUGCCAUGUGCCCCUAACGCUCCACAGUCUACUUUACAAUUCCACCUGAACCACGCCAAGCAACUGCUGAACUGUUCGGUGUACUGCGGGGAUACUCAUCAAUUUUUCGUUCUUACAGGAGUACUCAAAUACGUGGGAAACUGGCGAGCACCGAUGCUGCAAAUGAUGGCGAGAAACAGCACAGUCUACGGAGAGUUCGCUUGGCCGGACUUCACUCACAUACUGGAGGUAUUUUUCGCUUGGUACAAGACGCUUGCGAUUACCCUUGUAGGAGUGGGUCUGCUCGUGUUAAUCAUCUACCUGAGCUUUCAAGGAUUGGGAAUAUCCGCUUUUUGGACUAUCCUACGCUUUUUCGCCAGGAUAGUGUGCCUACCGAUGCAUAUAGUGGUAAAAGUAGGAAGAUGCUUACAAAGAACGACGUUCCACAACCCCCACCAGAAAACAGUUUAA